AUGUCCUGGAAUUUCGAGCUGGUUGCCGGACCAUACGGAGGCACCGCAGAGGGGCCGGUCUGGGAUGGCCAGGCGGUGCUGUUUACGCAUAUCGCCGCGUCUAAAAUACUUCGAUACGACCCCAAAACCGGCGAAGUUUCCGAGUAUUUCAACGAAACAUUCAACACCAACGGAUUGUGCUUCGACGCCAAGGGCAAUCUUUACGGUUGCCAGCAGGGCCGCCGCCGCAUCGCCCGUUUCGACGCUGCCACCAACACCGCGGUUUCCAUGCCCCACCUGCUGGACGGAAUGCGGCACAACAACCCCAACGACCUGGUGGUGGACAAGUCGGGGCGCAUCUGGCUGACCGACCCCUAUUCCGGGAUCGGAGACAGCGGACCGCAGGAACUGGAUCACAUGUCCGUGCUGCGUCUGGAUCCCAAGGGCGGCGACCAAUGGGAGCUGGUGCGGGCCACCACCGACAUCAGCCGCCCCAACGGCAUCCUGAUCAGUCGCGACCAGCGCACCCUGUACAUCGCCCAAAGCGAUUACGGAGCCACCCGACGCCGGGAACUGCGAGCGUAUCCCAUAGCCGACGACGGCUCACUGGGCGAUUACACCGUGCUGCACACCUUCGGUAUAGACGGCGGCGCCGCUGAUGGCGAUUUGAGAGGCACGGGCGCUGCCGGUGUACAGAGAGGCGUGGACGGCAUGACCCUGGACAUCGACGGCAACAUCAUCGUCUGCGCCGGCUGGGAGGCCGCCGGGCCCGGGCCCAUCAUCUACGUAUUCUCGCCCACGGGCCGGGUGCUGGAGACACACCCCCUGCGCGUGGAUCGACCCACCAACUGCUGCUUCGGCGACGCCGAUAUGCGCACGUUGUACGUAACCACCGGCGGCGGUCACCUGUUCCGGGCUCGCACCGACCGCACCGGGUGGAUCAUGUGGCCCUAG